CCGUCGCCCGCGGGCCGACCAGGGCCGCCAGGCAGGCGGACCUCUGAGCGGCGAUGCGCGGUGUGCAGGGCGCAGCGCUGCGCCGCCAGCGCAGCCGCCUGGAGGCACAGCAGCGGCGCGGCACGAGCCUCUCGCUGGAGGGCGCCACCGAGCAGCUGCGCCGACCAUCCACACAGUCGCUGGCGCAGCCCAGCGGCCUCAUCUGGGGCAUCACGCUUUUCCACAUUGGCCUGGUGUUCCUCGUCAUCGGCUUCCUCAUGGUCAUCACGGCCAUGAUCCCCGGCUACAUGGAGAAGGCCGAGGCGUACGACCUCGUCGGCACCGGCACGUUCUUCGUCGUGCUCGGCGGCGUGCUGACGCUCAUCAACCGCGUCAUCACGCGGCGCGAGGAGGACUCGCUCGGCAAGUACGUCACGGGCCGGCUGGCGCGCUCGCGCAGCGGCGGCCGCCUCGAGAUCAACCGGCAGCUGCCGUACCUCGCUAUCGAAACAGGUCGGCGUGGCGCUGUCCGAUCAUCUGCGAACGGUGCACUUCGUCUGCGCGAGGCCGAGGACGCCGGCCGGGCGGGCGUCCGUCCAGCGCGGUGA